AUGACGCGCUUCCGUCCCUGUAUCGACCUCCACGCCGGCAGCGUCAAGCAAAUUGUCGGCGGCACGCUCAACACCACGACACCCGAUGAACUAAAAACCAAUUGGACAUCCUCGCACCCCUCAGCAUUCUACGCCGACCUCUACAAAAAACACGACCUGACCGGCGCACACGUCAUAAUGCUAGGCCCUGGUAACGAUCAAGCAGCGCAAGAAGCGCUCGAGGCAUGGAAAGGCGGCAUGCAAGUUGGCGGUGGCAUCACCGAGCAAAACGCAGCAGAGUGGAUUGCCAAAGGCGCGGACAAGGUGAUUAUAACAUCGUACCUUUUUCCCUCGUCAACAUUCUCCAUGGACCGGCUGCAAGCUGUGUUGAAGGCCCUUGGUAAUGACAAAUCUAAACUCGUCAUUGAUUUGUCGUGCCGGAGGAAAGAUGAUAAGUGGUUCGUUGCGACAAACAAAUGGCAGACAAUUACAGACUUUGAGCUGAAUAAAGAGUCGAUAGCCCUCCUCGAACCUCACUGCAGCGAAUUCCUCAUCCACGCCGCAGACGUCGAAGGCCUACAGCGAGGCAUUGACCACGAACUCGUUGCAAAGCUAGCAGAGUGGUGCAGCAUACCCGUCACGUAUGCAGGCGGAGGCCGCUCACUCGACGACCUGGAGCUCGUAAAGAAGCUCAGCAACGGCAAGGUCGAUCUGACCAUUGGCAGCGCCCUCGACAUUUUCGGCGGUUCCAGCGUCAGAUUCGGAGACUGCGUAAAGUGGAACGCCGCACAGCAGUCGUAA